ACAGGAUAUCAAACAUCCAAUGGACAAUUUCAUCAAUUUCAUAAUGAAUCUAAUUCACCUGAUGAUGAAGUUACUAGUCAAAGACGAAUAGGACAAGUUUGUCAGUGCAUUUCAACAGCUGGGAACAGUAAUCCAACGCCUACUACUGCGUCAGCUGCUGCUGCUGCUGUUGACAGUUGUGUUUGUGCUGAUACACUCAACUAUUCUGCAUUAUUCAAAUGUGAAGAAAGUUGUUCAGGUGGAAAACGGUAAUCCGACCAACACCAGCAACAAAGCGAACACGAACAAAAACCAUUUCGACAACAACGACAACAAAUAAUCAGGCGACAACCAUCUUGUAGUUAUGCUGGAUCCUGUGAUCGUUGUGAU